CUAUUUAGUCUCUCCUAUCUCCCACUCCUACCGCCGAGAGACGCCGAUUUGACGGUUCCGAGGCGGCUACCGGCCACCAGGGGGUCGUCGCAGCGUGUUAAUUGGGAGAAUAUUGCCGCAGGCAAAUCACGCCGGAGGCCUUCUUAUUCAUACAGGGGAGUCGGAAAUGGAGCACGAUAAGACCAAAUGCCAAGCCCCUGAAGGUCCCAUCCUCUGCAUCAACAACUGCGGUUUCUUUGGAAGUGCGGCGACCAUGAACAUGUGCUCCAAGUGUCACAAGGAUAUGAUGUUGAAGCAGGAGCAGGCCAAGCUCGAUGCGUCCUCCAUUGGCAACCUUGCGAGUGGAAAAGGCCCAGUUAUUACUGGUAAUGCAGAUGUAGGAACUGGCUAUCUGGAAGCUAAGUCUUUAUUGGCACAAGUAUCUGAUGAAUCAGGCUCAAGUGAUAUCAGAGAGGCAAAGGCAGAGGGUCCAAAUAGAUGCAACACUUGUAGGAAGCGGGUCGGUCUGACCGGAUUUAGAUGUCGCUGUGGGGAUCUUUUCUGUUCGGUGCACCGCUAUUCUGACAAGCACGGCUGUCCAUUCGAUUACCAAACAUCAGCUAGGAAUGCCAUUGCCAAAGCGAACCCUGUGGUUAAAGCUGAAAAGCUCGACAAAAUCUAGGCAGUUGGGCACAAUUCCUUAAAUCGCGCUUUCCCUUUCAUUUCAAGUUGGCUGCUGCUCGGUGUCCUAUCUUGCUAUGAACGGAUGCAACCUCGAGAACUAUAUGGUGAUGAUUGGAAAAGGUUUGCAUAUUGUCUCUGGUGUAAAUGCCUUAAUUUGUGCUGGUAUGGUGUACUAUGUGGGCUUAUGAGUUGGCUAAGUUUGUAGUUUGCUGUCAAGGUUGUCAUGUUACCUUUUCUUUGCUGGUAGUGAUCAUCAUCAGUGCAUGGAAGAUGUCAA